AUGAGAUCGAACUAUGACUAUUGGAAUCAGCAACAAGCUGGUCUUUAUGCAGGUGGAGAUACAUCCUUACAUUCUGUUCAUGGAGAAAUUCAUGCUGGACCUCAUUCAAUACCAGCACAUACUGAUAAUGGAAUAGAUCCUAAUCUAUUAAAUAAUAACAAUAUUAACAAUAAUAAUAAUAAUGCUAAUGAUGAUUCAGGUGCAUUUGUUACUGCUGGAACAGCUGGUCAACAAGGUUUUGAUGUUCGUACAUUAGGUUUAAGUGAACAAGAAUUAAAAGAGGCAGGUUUACAUCCAUCAUUCAUGCAAAGUGGUCGUCAACUUCCAUUAGAUCAAUAUAAAAUAAAUUACGAUCCAAAUCCAAUUGUUAUUCGAAAACAAAUUCCUGUCGAAAUACCAACUGUUAGACAACAGGUCAUCGUUCGAUAUCUUCGACCUCCAACACCACCUUCGCCUGGUCCAUUGAUUAUAAAAGAAGUUCGAGAACCUCAAGCAGCUGCAGCUCCACCAAUUAUUAUACGUACACGAGCACCUCGAGAAAAGACACCACCACCAAUAGUUAUUCGAGAAGCUCCACCAAAUCUACCUCAUAUUGAUACUAAUCCACAAUAUCUUACACGUGUUGUUCGUAAUAGUGAAUCAUCAUAUUCAUCGCCUCCUUCACGACAACAACAACAACAACAACAACAACAGCCACGACAAUAUCAACAAUAUCAACAACAACAACAACAAUAUCAACAACAAAAACAACAAUAUCAACAACAACAGCAACAACAAUAUCAACAAUAUCAACAGUAUCAAAAACAAUAUCAACAAUAUCAAAAACAAAGACAACAAUAUCAACAACAAAUACAACAACCAUAUCAGCAACAAAUACAACAACCAUAUCAGCAACUUGGAUCGUUCGAUAAUACAGCAGUCAAUUAUGAUCAAUUUAAUGAUAUUCAAAUUGGAAAUCAAUAUGGCAGUGGAAUAAAUAAUUUUGGACAACAACAACAACAACAACCAAAAUGGAUUACAGAAGUUGUGUCAAAUAAUGGAACAGCAUCGGCAGCUCCACCUUAUGUUUUAGAUGAUAUCUAUCGAGCAGUUAAUAAUCAAUUACCACGUGUAUAA